AUGUCAGGGACUCAGGCUGAGUUUGGAUACUCCUGCUGGGACUUUCUCUUCACUUUUGCGGGCCUGCCGCUCUCCCUGCUGGACAUAGUGCUGGAUAUGUUUGCUGCUGCCUCCUUCUACCGGGAAAAGGCCUUCGUGUGCCUCGGUGUCCUGGUGCUGUUACUCGUGGGCUCGUCGCUGCUCGCUCAGGCUUACAGCUGGCUCUGGUACAGCUAUGACAACUUCGAAAUGAAGACAAAGAUUGAGAAGUUGCCGAGCCGGGGCCUGCUCAGGCUGCUGCAUCUUUUCCAGCUGGGAAUCUACUUCAGGCACGCAGGAGUCCUGGAGAUGUAUGUAAAAAGCUUCUACACGAGGAAAUCUGAAUCUGCAGGUAAAGCCAUGUUCCUGAACCAAGACCUGAGCAUGUUACGCAUCAUAGAGACGUUUUCAGAGAGCGCACCUCAGCUCACGCUCAUGCUCACCAUCAUUCUGAGGAAGGGCCAGCUGGAUCCUGUGACAGUGUUGAAGGCCAUCGGUUCGGCCUCAGCUAUCGCUUUUAGUGUGACGACCUUCCAUCGCGCGAUGCGCUCCUUCCUGCCCGAGAAGAAAAAGCAGAAGAUAACCUCAUCAGCUGUUUACUUCAUCUGGAACCUGCUGCUCAUCUCGUCUCGCCUCUCCGCCCUCGCUCUGUUCGCCUCCGUGCUGCCCUGCUUCAUCUUCACCCACUUCAUCUGCUCCUGGCUGGUUUUAUUCUUCUUUGCUUGGCGAUCCAAGACAGACUUCAUGGAAAGUCCUGGUGGAGAAUGGCUGUAUCGAGCCACUGUGGGCCUCAUUUGGUAUUUUAACUGGUUUAACGUGGUGGAGGGGAACACGAGGAACAGGACUGUGCUCUAUCACGGGUACAUACUGAUUGAUAUCUCCAUCCUCUGUGGUGUGUGGUGCUGGAAGAUGAGCACAGAUCCUCUUGAUUUUGUGAACCAACCCUCAUACGCUUCAAUCACAGCUGCCUGUGUUGUUGGAGUUUAUAUCCUCGGUCUGUUAAUUAAAGCUGUUUAUUAUAAGUGCUUCCAUCCAAACCUUGAUGGAGACGAGCUGAAAGGGGCCAGCACAGAGCAGCAACCUGAAGAUGAGGUGGACGGUAUGUUCAGAAAUAUGGGGGCUGUUGCACCAGCAUGCUGCAAUAAAAGAAUGAGGAAGCUGUCUGAGAACUUCUACAGCCAACCUGCAGCACCUGCAUCACCUCCAGAGGAGUCUGCUUCCUGA